AUCAGCUUGGCUUCAGAUAACAGGGUUGUGUUGUGGAAGUUGUAGACUGGAUCUGUUGGAAAUACCGGAGAAUGCUGCCAUGUGUAAUGUACGUGGUAACAGGAUCUACUUUGUUUGGCGGAUUGAUACGCAGGAAUAAAUGGAACUAUAAAGUUGUAACAGCCCAGUAGAAUGGAUGGAAAGAAACCCAACUGAAGUGUGACCAUAUGCAAGAAAGAAAACACUUGAACAAAGAAUCAUGAAGAAGCUACAUGUUACAAUCCAAAACGGAGGCCCGAUUCAGUUGGCAAAAUGCGUCCAGUGCUGCACCAAAUAUCACUGUCCAUUCUGCAAGCCUGAGAUUUUUAAGCCAACCGUGAAGAGCAAAGUGAGGAAGCACAUUAAAGCGCAUGAAAAGAGAGCUGUCAAAUUUAAAGAAUAUGCAAUCUUCAAGUGCGGCUUGAACUGCAAGGCUGUUUCGCAUUUUCACUGUCCAAAAUGUAGUAAAUUGGUGGAGAAGAAGAACAAGUUCCUAGAGCAUCUGGUGAAAUGUGUGGGCACAGUGGCACAUGAGGAUAGAGAGAAUCUCUUCCCAUUAAAAGAGGAGCCGGACCUGCGAAAUAUGUCUAUAAAGGAGGAUGUGGAUAGUUAUUGUAUGUCUGAGGAGCAGGAGAGUCACUCAGCUGUUGUUCGUGGAGAGGAGCUGCAUGUUUCAAUCCAAACCGGAGGGCCAAUUCAGCUGGCGAAAUGUGUCCAGUGCUGCACUAAAUAUCACUGUCCAUUCUGCAAGCCAGAUGUGUUUAAACCAACUGUGGAGAGCAGAGUGAGGAAGCACAUUAAAGCACAUGAAAAGAGAGCUGUCAAAUUUAAAGGAUUUGUAAUCUUCAAGUGUGGAUUGAACUGCAGGCCUGUUUCACAUUUCCACUGUCCCAAAUGUUGCAAAUUAUUGGAGAAGAAGAACAGAUUUGUGGAUCACCUGAACAAAUGCGUUGGCACAGUGACCGGUGAGGGUGGAAGACCUGUAAAGCAGGAGGCUGACAGUCACCAUGUGCCUGAAGGAGAGGAGAAUAUUCAGGUUCCUGAAACAAAGGAUUUCCGCCUGGAAGUUGAGUCAAGUCCGGCACUUCCAGUGCAGUCUGAGGUUGUAUCAUUUCCUCAGUCCGAUCACAAACCCGCGUUCACUGAUCUACACAAUUCUGCAUCAUCUUGCACUUUUGCUAAUCCGAGAAUGAGCAGAAAAAGAAGAUCUUGGAAGAUGCCUUUUGUAGAAGAAAACAUUCCUGAGUCACUGUCAACAUGUUCCAAGGUGGAGGAGAAGUCAUGGCGUGAAGCUGUCAAGAGCCUUCAGACCUAUCAGGAAACUAGCAUUUUUAAGAGCAGUGAAGUGAUGGUGAACACACACUGUCUGCUGGAGCUCUUCCAGUUCUGCUGGCUUUGUCAGAAAGAGUGCUGUAUUACCAUCAAGGGCAGCGAGAGGCUGUUUUCAGUCACGCAGGACUGCCAGAGCUGCAGCUUCCACAGAGACUGGAGGAGUCACCCGCGUUCAGCCGAACCUACACAGACCUUUCAUACUGAGACAGAACAUGAAGAAGUUGAGGAGGUUGUGGUUCAGAUUGCGUCAUCUGAUAACGAGUGCAGUGAGCAGGUGUUUAUCAAAAAGGAUGGGUCAUAUUUACAUAGUGACGUCGAAAAAGCGAGCCUGCAUGAAGAGGAAAUGAAAAAGAAAAGAAAGAGGAAGUUUAAAAGUAAAGACAGUUCGGAUGAGUGGGAGCCGUGUUUGAAUGAAGAGGUCACAGACUCUGAAUUGUCCAUGGAUGAAGACAUGUUCACAGUUUUAAAGGAGGACGGUCAGGGUAAACUUGUAGUGUGGUGUACACAAUGUGAGACCGAGGCCUCGCUCUCCUGUUCUGUCCAUCGACACAAGAAAGUCUUCUGCUGUGCUCAGUGCAGUGCAGGUGAUAUUCAAACACAUCAUAUUGAAACGCUUCCUGUUCGGUUCGAUGACAUGGCCAGUUUUCAGAAACAUGCUGAACAGGAACACGGAUCCAAACCGGUCUAUGAUCUGUGUCAGGAUUGUGGUAAGUUUGCCGUAGCAGAUCCUGAAUCCAGAGGUUUAAAAAAACAUAAAUGUGAACACAAGUCUAAAUUCGUCGUCUGUCCAGAGUGCGGGAAAAGAUUCCUCACCGAAGCCGGCUUAAAGUCGCACCGCACGCGGCUCCAUUCGGAUUACGACCAUCCGUGUAAAUACUGUCUAAAGGUCUUCAAAAUCAGAUCUGCAAAACUGGAUCAUGAGCAGACUCAUCCUAAAGCAAAUAGACCGUACAGCUGUCCACAUUGUCCAGAGAAGUUUAGCAGUAUUCACAAACGCAAUAAACACGUUAUCACAUCCCACCGAGGGCCAUAUAAAUAUGUGUGUGAUGUCUGCGGGAAAGGCUUUAAUGAUAUUAACCGGCUGAGGAGGCAUGAACUCAUCCAUUCUGGAGAAAAGCCUUUCAAAUGCCAAGUGUGUGAGCGUUCCUUUAACCAAAUGGAAAACCUCACUUCUCACAUGCGUGUCCACACCGGAGAGAAACCUUUCAGGUGUGAGCAGUGCGGAGAGUCGUUCAGCUACAACGUCUGCCUAAAGAACCACAAACAACGACACCAUGACUCACGGGUUUGACUCCUGAUGUAUUAGUGAUGGAGUGAUUUACAAAAACCUUCAUCCUUCUUGAUAAAGAAAUAUGUAGUGAAUGAGGUACUGAGGUAUUAAAACUGCACUUUGGUCACCCAGUGAAACAGGGAGCUGGCCACAAUUUACUGUAAAAGUGCUGCUGAGUAACACUUUAAAGAAGUCAGUUAAUAUUGUUCGGAGUGAUAAUAGAAAUAUGUCUGAUUUCAUUUUUGUUCCUCAAAUUACAUUUUUAUGCUGCCUUUUCACAGGUCAUGGCCCAAGGAUGAUCAGUUGACCAUUAUAAGCAAUACAUGUCACUACAGUAACGGUUGGCUAAAUCAUUUAUGGUAACACUACACUAUGGAAUUCCUCAAGCAAUUUUAAAUGUAUUACCAAAAACUAUUUUAGCAUGUUUGGUAUUAGUUUCAACUUCUUAUGCAGCAUUUACAGACCUUUUCCAAAAUUUCCAGAUGAUUGCUCCCAGGCAGUCAGGUGUUAUGGCGAUAUGCAAAAACUAACCUUAUCAAGUUAACAAAGCUUUCUGUUGUCUAUAAAAAAAAAAAGGUUCAAGAGGCUUUCCGCAGUUAUUGAAGUACAUGAUUAACAAGCUGUUGCUAAAUAAAGCCUCUGUUAUUUUCAGCCCUUACUUG